UAGUCUGUUUUUUAUUCUUGGGCAGAAUGGAGCUGCGUUGCGGUUGCCGGUUUGUCGUUUAAAGAGAGAAAGAAACUGGGAGAGUCUCUCCAUCAGGCUUUUAUGUUUAUGGUUGUUCUUUUUGGUGUUGUCGUUGUCGUUGUCGCAAUCGCAGCCGUUUUUAGACCCGCGCCAGCGUCGUUGUCACUUUUUUGUUUCGAUUGUUGUUGGUUUGGAUUUGUGACUCGGCGAGUGUGCGUGCAUUGCCAAAAGCGAACGGCGAUCGCUUCACAUAUUUGUUUACUUAAUUAUCGAGCUGCUCAGCCUGUGACGUCAGGUCGACGAACGAACAAACCGAACUUCCACCAAGCGUGUUUCAUUUAGCCAUGGCUUCGCUUUGGAUCAUCCCACUGAGUUUUUGGCUCUUUGUGGGCGUACGACCAAUGGAGAUUGCCAGUGUGGAUCAUCCCUGUGCCUAUGCGGACACUGUUAACAUUACGGAUGGUCUCCGGUUGAAGGAUGGCUCCUACUCGUAUGCCGGAGUGCUGGUCCCACCACAUUUGAUGGCGGAGUAUACCUUCAAGGUUAUCGAUGGGGUUGAGUACCGGGCCAAGAAACACCUGCGCGGAUGCGUCUGCCUGAUGAAGCCCUGCAUUAGCUUCUGCUGUCCAGAGAAUCUCGUGUUCGACUCCAAGCACUGGAACUGUUCGAAGCCACACCAGGUACGGGAAUCUACUCACGUGGAGCUGACCUACGGCAAUCGGUCGGUGGAACAAGUGCGCAUUGUCGAUCGGUUUGUGGUGCGCACAGAGCUCGGGUGCCGGAACAAAUUCGCUGACAAGAAGCACGAGAACUUCUGGCAGUGGGAUCUCUUCGAGAAUGGAUCGCUGCAGAGGGACAACCGCCUGUGGACCACGGAUGAGUAUUGUUUUACUCCCCUGGAACACAAGCCCGACCAGUGGGGACUCACUCCACUCAGUUGCGAACGCUUUCAAACGGGAUACCGAGUAUGGAUUUACGCUAUUUGCAGUAUUAUAGCCAUCAUUAUCAACGUUUUUAUCCUCUCCCUGCUCGGUUCUGUGAGAGAUGCCAGGAAAAGUCACUAUGGCCAGCUGAUCAUCUACUACCUGCUCUCCAUGAUCGUCGGCUACUCCUUGUUAGUCUAUUUGGCCCUGAAGAAUCCCAUGAAGCUCUCACAUACUGCUUGCAGGAAUAUAGGUUUUCUGGCCUACUUCUGCAUUAUGCUGUCCUUCGUCUUUCUCGCCAUUUGCAGUUUCGACUUCCUGCUCAAAUUUAAACGAAAGGCUGUUAGGAACUGGGUUCGCAGGUUGUCGUAUGCUAUGGCAGUCUUGGCGGUUAUUGGUCUCCGGUUUUUAGUGUCUUUUGCCCAGGACUCCAAGCUGCCCAAGCACUACAAGCCAGGCAUGGGAGCAGAUUAUUGCUGGUUCGAUGUUCGCACCUGGGGUAUUUUGAUCUACUAUUACGGACCCAUUACACUUCUACUGGUUUUCAGCAUUGUGUGCUGCUUAAAAGCCUACUUUUCCAUCUAUGAACUGCCUCCGGAUACUCAGUACAUAUUGGGCACUCAACUGAAGAUUGUCAAGACUCAUUUCUACGCCUUCAGUGCCUACAUAGUGGGCGUGUUUGCUGUCUGGAUUCGUGAAAUAGUGGUCUAUAUAAUGGCCAGAGUGAGAGAGCAUUUCUUCAUCAUUGACUUCUGGAGUGGAAUUUGCAUUCUGGGCUUGGCAAUAGCUGGUUUUAUUCUCUUACUCGGAAAGAAUUUGCACGUGAAAUCCUGGUGGGCCAUCAAUGUGGAAUCAAGUCAAACUGAUCUGAGUGUCAUUAAUGCUCGCGUCUAUAAGUUUGAUGAGAGAGGCGAUUUGAAAUCUUCAGACUCUCCCUAUAAGCCGACAGUGACAUCACUUUAAUUGGAAUUGAGAUGAUUGCUCAUCUAUGUACUCUGGUAUUCACUUAGCUUAUGACUCCUUUAGUCUGUCUUACACAGUUAAGUGUAUAUAAUAAUAAUAGUAAGUGCGUCAGUAUACUAGCCCUAAGAAAAUUAUUAAAUAAACUUACGAUAAUUUUCAUUAUCA